GAUAUUAUUUUGUAUUUCUAUUUCGACCUUUCUGACGGUGCCGAACCCGAGGGCACCGAUAAUUUCACACGCAAAAAAAUUACUCUCGAUUAUAUCAACUAUCGUCAAACAAUUAAAAACAUAUGAUCGAGUAAAAUAAUCGUUACAUCCUUCUAGAGCUAAGAGCUGGCUGAUAGGUGCAAAUUCGAGAUGAUGGUAAGCUACCUCGCACUAUCUGCCCAGGAUGCAACAUUCAGCUGGAGGCAACUGUACAGUUCUUCGAAUUGCUUGUCGAAGGACAAAAGAAAAUUCGUGAGAUGUGGAAGUCUCAAGUCGAGCAACAUCGCAAGGCUGAGAGGGAGCGCCUUCGUGCUGAAAGGGAACAUACUGAGUUGGAAAUUGUCACUCCUGAGCUUGACCAUUUUGGAUUACAAGCUGAGGGCGAUCAUAUUGAACGGCAAAUUGUUAUUAAAAUCAUGCCAGAUGGAACCCUAUAUACGGCGGAACAUGAGAUGAGUUUACAAAUGGAAGGGUUGGAUAAGCCUAGAAGAAAACGAGGCCGACCUCCCAAGGCCCAUACUGAGGCUGAGGCUAAGGAGACUGUGAAAGAAUUGAAACAAGAAGUCUGCAGUCAAGGGGAAGAAGACAAGCAAGAGGAGGAGCUCGAAGAAGUAGAUGGUGAUGGUAGGCGUCGCCGAAAACGAAAAGUGCCAAAAAGAUUCAUGGAAGCUGUGCAGGGAAAGGAGCUGGAGAGGAUAUUUAAAGAAGAAGGGGUAAUCGAUGAAGAAGAUGAUGAUGAGCCUGAGGAUGACUUUGAUGAUCCGGAAGAACGUCUGAAUUUGCCAACAACUGAUGGUCACGAAGAAAUUAUUGGGCAUCUGGAGACUCAAGAGGGGAAAGACCUUGGUGAACUAGUGAUAGUAAAUCGUGGAAGAGGUAGGGGCAGGCCACGGCUUCGGCGGCGUAAGACUAAAUUCACAUGUAAUUUGUGUGGACGAGGAUUUCUGCAACGUAGCAGAUAUAUUAUGCACAAGAGCUUUCACAAAGGCGUCAAGUACGAAUGUCUCGAGUGUAAAAAGCAGUUUACGAACAGAGACAAUUUUGGUCUUCAUCAGAAAACUACAGGACACACUGGGGAAGGAAUAAUAGAAAAUCCAGAGGAGAACGAUGUUCGCAAUCAAGAGCCUCCAACAACUGAGGGAACGGAAAAUGCAGCAGUUGUUCCACCCAAAGAGACGCAAGAUGUACCUGGAGAAGCUUCUGUGGCGGAAGAAAAACGGCGUGAAGUUGGUGGGAAAAUGAUUGAGUGUGAACUCUGUCAAAAACAAUUCCAGUCAAAGCAGAGCUAUGAGGUUCAUGCAAAGGUUGUUCAUCAAGGGGAAAAACCCUAUACAUGCAACAUAUGUAACAAGACCUUUGCCUAUCACACAAGCCUGAAAGGGCACAUGCUUGCGCAUGAGGCAAAUAAAUCUGACAAGGGAUUUCCCUGUGAUAUAUGUGGCAAAGUUCUAAAUCACCCUAGCUCAGUUGUGUACCACAAGGAAGCCGAGCACAAUAAUGGCCGCCGUUUUGUGUGCAAUAAGUGUGGGAAAAGCUUCAAGCACAAACAGCUGCUGCAGCGUCACCAACUGGUACAUUCAGAUGAUCGCCCAUACGUUUGCAAGUCUUGCGGUGCCACUUUUAAGACUAAAGCCAAUCUGAUAAAUCACCAAUCUAUUCACACUGGAGAGAAGAAAUAUUUCUGUGAAUUAUGCGGGCAGCAAUUUGCACACAAGACCAGUCUCACACUGCACUAUAGAUGGCAUACAGGGCACAAACCUUACACAUGUGAAGUAUGCAGUAAAAGUUUUUCACAGAACGGCAAUCUGCAGGAACAUAUGAGAAUUCACACAGGAGAAAAGCCUUACUGUUGUGACUACUGUGGUCGAAAGUUUACCACCUCCUCACAGUUCAAACUUCACGUGAAACGACAUACAGGCGAGCGUCCCUGGAAAUGUGAAUUUUGCGCAAAAUGCUUCCUGCACAAGGAUACUUGGAAGUGUCACGUCAGACGGCACAAGGGUGAACGCCCCUUCCAAUGUGCCCACUGCAAUCGCGGGUUUACUGAGCAGUGGGCUCUCAAAAAACAUCUUCGAUUGCACACAGGGGAAAAGCCGUACUCAUGUAAUAUCUGUGGUAAAGCCUUUGCUGAUUGCUCGAACCUCACUAAACACAAAAAGGUGCACAGAGAAAAUAAAGUUGCUGAUGUUGGGGAGCUGACAGAAAAUCCUCCCAUCGGCGAGGUAUGGCAGAUAUUACCUGGUGCACAAGAGGGUGAUGAGAAUUCGCUUGGAGAUCAAGUGACUCAAGUUAUUGCAACUGAUGAGGCAUCGGGUGAUGGCAUACAGCAGAUUAUAUAUGUCUCAUAUCAGGAUCCAGAUGAUCCAAAUCAGUCGAGAACAUUACACUUUGUUGAUGCUGGCAUGAUGGAGAACAAGGAGGUUGCUGCAGUAGCAGGGAGCCAAUCAUUGCCGUCUUUGGAAGUCGAAGAUGAAGAUGAGACAACCCAACAGCCUGUACAAGAUGAAGAGAAUCUCGAGCCAGAUGAGAGAAUCAACAUGGAAUUAACCGAGUCUGACUUACAGCUGCAGAUUACCGAUGAGGAAGGAAAUCCUAUUCCACUUUCGAUUCAAGAUGCGCGACAAUUACUGUCGGAAGGUCAGUUUGUUAGUCAGCUGGGUGACGGUCAGACAAUUAGAGUUCACUCAGGAGUCUUGAGUCAAGAAUUGGCGCAACAACUAGAAGUUGAAGAUCAAGGCUCCAUGACAAUCGAGGAUCCAAACGAAACUGUAACAGAGGAUCCAAGCAGCACUGUAGCCUUGACUUCGACAACUCACACUGACGCCGAAGAUAUUGUCAAGGCGUUGGAGGAUGAGGACACUGAUGCAACGGCUGUUGCUGCUGUUAAUCAAAUGGAAACCGAGGAACAGACUGAAGACAUAAUGGAUGGCGAGCAAACGAUAGAAUUCACAACUCAAGAUGGCCAGAAAGUCCGACUUGUAACGUCUUAUCACGUCGACCCAAUGCAACUCGCCUCCGAAUACUUGACUAUUGUCUAAAUGACGAAGUCAGCAUUUUAGCUGCCGAAAAAAAAAUAUUCUCAUGCUACGAUAAUAAAAUAUUACAUUGAACCUGUACAAUUACGAGCGGUACCCUUGUGCUUUAUAAUCGUAGUGACUUGCAGAAAUUAUGAAAAUUCAAUGACAGGCUGAUGUGUUCAGGCAAGCACAUUACCUCGAGUAUCUAACUACAGUUUAUAAGUAUCCAAUUGAUUAUGUAUAGAGUUGAAAUAAUGUAUCAAUUCUUUACCAAUGUAAGACGGUAGUAAAUAAAUGACGAAAAACUGACAGAAAA